GUUAUGACGCGCUUCUCCGGAAGUCGCUCGGUCAACCGUGUUUACGUUUCUUUUCCGCUGGCUGAAUCUGUUCAAACUUCUUCUUCAAAUCUCUUCAUUUUUAAGAGUUUAAACAGGCCAAAAUGGGGAAAGCUGAUUUCCUGUCACCCAAGGCAAUAAGCAACCGGAUAAAAUCCAAAGGUCUCCAGAAACUGAGAUGGUAUUGUCAAAUGUGUCAAAAACAAUGCCGAGAUGAGAAUGGCUUCAAGUGUCACUGCAUGUCCGAGUCCCACCAGAGGCAGCUGCUGCUGGCCUCGGAGUGCCCGCACAGAUUUAUGGACUUUUUCUCCAAUGAGUUCAAGAGUGGCUUUUUGGAGCUGCUGCGGCGACGUUUUGGGACCAAGCGUGUGCACAACAACAUCAUUUACAACGAGUACAUCAGUGACCGCGAACACAUCCACAUGAACGCCACGCGCUGGGAGACGCUCACCGACUUCACCAAGUGGCUGGGACGCCAAGGUCUCUGUAAGGUGGACGAGACGCCGAAAGGCUGGUACAUCCAGUACAUCGACCGCGACCCCGAGACCAUCCGCCGCCAGGAGGAGCUGGCAAGGAGGAAGAAGCACGAGCUGGACGACGAGGAGCGUAGCGCCAAGUUCAUCGAGGAGCAGGUCCGAAGAGGCCGUGGCGACAAGGAGGAGGAGGAAGAUCCAGUUUACACCGAGCUGAAGCGAGAGAAUGAAGAGGAAAAAGUUGCUUUCAACUUGGGCGCUGGUACAUCACUGGCUGGUCCUUCCACAUCAAGCUCUCUGCUGUCCCCCAGCGCUCUGGCGAAGGCAUCGUCAGCAAAGAGGAAAGAGCCGUCCUCCGCUUCCAACUCGCGGAACAAGAAGCAGAAGUCCGCCCUGGAGCAGAUCAUUGAGAUGGAGGAGAGGAAGAAGCAGCAGCAGCCGGUCAAGACCGACGAUUGGCUGCAGCCCAACAUCGUGGUCAAGGUGGUCACCAAGAGGCUUGGCGACAAGUACCACAAGAAGAAGGCCGUCGUCAUGGAGGUGCGAGAGAAAUUCUCGGCGGUGGUUAAGAUGAUCGACUCCGGGGACAAACUCAAGCUGGACCAGAACCACGUGGAGACGGUGAUACCGGCUCCAGGAAAACGUGUGAUGAUCGUGAAUGGAAACUUCCGCAACACCGAGGCUGUGCUGGAGGGCAUCAACGAGAAGAACUUCUGCGCGUCGCUCACGCUCGAUUCCGGUCCACAGAAAGGAAAGCGAGUGGACGUCGCCUAUGAGGACUUCUCCAAACUGGCUUGAACAAACGUUUUUUUCCCCUCCUCCUCAUUUUCUAAAGAACUCUACUAUGUCAGAGUUAGUUAGUAUAAAAUCAGACAUUUUCUCAUCUUGGAGCCACAACUUUUUUUUUUUUUUUGUCACACACAAGACAAACCAACCAAUUGUACAGAUGACAAUUAGCUUUCAAUAAAUUCAACAUGACAGAUUCAACUUCA